AUGGAGUCGACAGGAAAUCAUACCCAUGAUGGGGGCCAAGUAGCGCACCUAGUCCAGGAAGUGCGGAACCUGAACGAGCAGGUAGAAGGGAAGACCAAAUCUCCUGGUCGAACGUUGUUGACCGCCUUGCCUUUCUCGACCGAGAUCAUGACGUUCAAGAUACUAGGUGAUUUCAAAUUCCCAGAACAAGCCACGUUCGAUGGAUCCGGUGAUCCUCGAGAACACUUGCUGAGCUACCAAGCCAAGAUGCAAGUACUGGGGGUCCGGGACCCUGUCAUGUGCCACGCCUUCCUACCCACGCGGAAAGGCUCGGCGCAGAGAUGGUUAGUGGCGCAACCUCUGGGGUCGAUUCACAAUUUCGAGGAGCUAGCCGAUCGCUUCAUGAGCCACUACGUAGCCAAUAUCAAACCGCAGAAGGACCUAACACAUUUGGGCGACGUUCACCAAGAAGAAGGUGAAUCUCUGAAAACCUAUCUAGCUCGCUGGCAGAAAGAAAUCCAAUCUAUUGAGGAAGUCGAGGACCAGACCGCGCUCACCUUUUUCAUCGAGUCUUUGCGGUCCGGUCAGCUAUACCGAGAUCUGCGGGAUAACCGCCCGGCCACCUACGCGGAAGCCAUACACAUGGCCAACAAGAGGGCCAACACGGAACAGGCUAUGAAGCACAAACGACAACGCGAGGUCGGAGGAUCCGCCGAUGGGAAGAAGACGCAAGCCGAAACAAAGGAAAGGCGCCCGGAAGUGACCCGGCGACCCGAUGCCAGACGGCCAUACGACAGGCCCGUCGUAUACCCCUAUCGGCCGGUUCCCGAACGGCCAGUGCACGAGGUACAAGCAGUCGCUUCACCUCCGCCUCCGCCGAUUAACGACCACGCGGUAAGCGAUGAGGCAGGGACCCCGCCUCCUAAUCAGUGGAGGCGGAGGUCGGCCACUCGGGGGGACGGGGAUCCCACCGCCGCCGCGAAGAGCAGUCGGGGCAAGCAGCCGGCUUCUGAGGAAAACGAGGCUCAAUGGCGUCAGAAGCCGGUUAUCAACAUGAUAGUCGGCGGGCCGGAAGGUGGUGACUCAGCGAAUACUCGAAAGGCCUGGGCUCGAUAG